AUGUCCCUACUAUCCGCCCACCUCGACCAAAUUGGCUUCUCAUGCCAAGGGAUCGACUCUCUCCCCUUCCCACCGCCCAAGAUCUUCACCAACGCCCUCCUAUCCCACCACGACAUCACAUCUCUCAUCCGCGACACCGAAUCGCACGAACGCGCCCUCUUCUCCGUCCCACCCCCGCCCCCUCCCCCAACCAAGCCGGCAGACCAGCAGGAGAUCGAGCACCAGCAGAAGCGCCGUAGGACGGUCUUCAACGUGGCGUCCGGCGAGAUCACCACCGGCCCGCCGACCUCGCGCGGCGCGGCACACCACCCGAGGCGGCACACGGCCGUCGCGGCGGUGCUGGGCGGGGAGAUGCACGAUGCGCUCCGCAGGGGGGAGGCGGACCGCAAGGGGGACGUGGACGUGGACGUGCUGCUCAAGGGCGCGGAGAAGCUGUGCGGCGUGUACGAGCUGCCCGGGGCGAGGGAGCGGAUCGCGGCGCUGCGCGUGAGGCACAGGAAUGGGAGGAACACGGCGGCGUACUACGAGGCCAAGGUGGCGGAGCAGGCGGAGGCGCUUGCGAGCUUGAAUAAGAAGGAUUGGAUGGAGGAUGAGGGGGAUGAAGAGGAGAAGGAAGAGGAGGAGGAGGGUGACGUAUGGACGGUGGAGGAUCUGAGGAGGGAGGAAGAGGAGGCGAGGGGGAUGGAGGCGAAGAAGAGGGAGCUGCAGUUACGGUUGCGGGCGAUGGAGAAGGAUCUGUCGGCUUUGAAGCAUAUGUGA